AGCGCGAGGACAGCUGGUUGGCGGUGGGGGGGCUUGAAUUGUAAGGAGAAGCAGAAAAAAAAAUAACAAAAAAAUAUCAAGAAAAAAGGGGAUUUGGAGUUUCCAUUGUGCGAAACCGCAUCAGAGGUAGGACAUUCUAAAAGUCGGUAAAUAUUAGAGGAGAUUCCAGGCUUUAGGAAAAGCUGCUGCAAGAGAAAAAGCAACAAAAGACAAUUGAACUUUACUGGACGUGAGGACUUCUGGACGUAAGCUAACUGCGGUAGGUCACAUAGAUGAUUUGUCCACAGCGCUGCCCGGAUCAUGAACGCACAGCUGUCGAUGGAGAAUAUUGGCGACCUGCACGGAGUGAGCCAUGAGUCCGUAGCCGGUCACGGAGAGCUGCUGAGUGGCCACAGUCCGCAUUCCCGUCCGAGCCCCCGGGGUCUCGGCCACCGCGCUAUGGGCAUGGCGACCCUGUUGGACAGCGGCGACUAUCAUCCCAGCCACCCCGGACACCUGCAUUCAGCCAUCAGCAUGUGCGAAGCCCCCCCCGGCAUGAGUGCCAGCAGCACUUACACUACCCUAACCCCCCUGCAGCCCUUACCUCCCAUCUCCACCGUGUCCGACAAGUUUCCUCCCCAUCAUCACCACCACCACCAUCCUCAUCAUCCUCACCCUCAUACACACCAGAGGAUCCCCGGAAAUGUCAGCGGCAGCUUCACGUUGAUGCGCGAGGACCGGAGUCUGGCGCCUAUGAACAGUCUGUAUCCCGCAUAUCAUCACAAGGAUCCCUGCAUGGGCCAGAGCCUCUCCCCUCUGUCUGGUUCCGGUCUGGCCAGCAUACACACGUCCCAGGCCGGCAUUCCGCCCUACGCUCAUCCCGGUGCCGCCAUGCCUGGGGAAAAGAUGCUCACCCCCAGUGGGUUCGAGGCGCACCACCCGGCCAUGCUCGGCAGACACACGGAGCAGCACAUGAGCUCCUCAGCGGGCAUGGUACAAAUCAACGGCCUCCAUCAUCACCCGCACGCCCACCUUGGCGCGCAGGGGCACGGCCAGGGGCUGGGGAACAGCCGGGAGCAGGCCUCCGGGCCCGGGCAGCAAGGGGGCGGCGGUGGAGGGGGUGGUGUUUCUGGGGGACAGAUGGAGGAGGUGAAUACCAAAGAGGUGGCGCAGAGGAUCACCACAGAGCUCAAGCGCUACAGCAUCCCUCAGGCCAUCUUUGCUCAGCGGGUCCUGUGUAGGUCCCAGGGGACCCUCUCCGACCUCCUGAGGAACCCCAAACCCUGGUCCAAGCUCAAGUCCGGUAGAGAGACCUUCCGCCGCAUGUGGAAAUGGCUGCAGGAGCCUGAGUUCCAACGCAUGAGUGCGCUCAGGCUCGCAGGUGAGCGAAGCCUCGCAUGUAAGCGUAAAGAACAGGAUCACGGCAGAAACGAGCGGGGGAAUGUGACAAAGAAACCCCGGCUGGUGUUCACAGAUGUACAGCGGCGGACGCUCCACGCCAUCUUCAAGGAGAACAAGCGUCCAUCCAAAGAGCUGCAGCUCACCAUUGCCCAGCAGCUGGGCCUUGAGCUGGCCACAGUCAGCAACUUCUUUAUGAACGCACGCCGCCGGAGCCUCGAUAAGUGGGUGGACGACGGCUCCGGUCACUCAGCCAACUCCGGCCCCAAUGCCUGCACCAAAGCCUGAAGACGGACUGAUUUGACCAACUCAUGGACUGACUCAACCUCGGUGGAAAGCUUUAAAAACUUAAGUGAAACAAAGAGAAACUUAAAAAGACCUUGAAGCAACGUUUUGCCCUUAAACCUGUACUAUAUUGAUAUUUAUAGUAUCCAAAGAUGAAAAAACAAACCAAAGACUUCUUGUUUGACCUGCUUUGAAAUGUUUGUUUCAGCAACACAUUUAUGUGUAACAUACUGCAAAAAGACUAUAGUUUUACCCCCUCUCACACACACUUACUGUCACUGGUCUUUAGCUUUACUACACCCCCCCUUUCCCACCUCCCCAACAAGUAUCAGUCUAUCAUUCACCAUCCUUAUCUUUAAUCUGAUUGGUUGGUUUUAAUGAUGGGUCCCUAAAUGGAGGUUUAAUCAGCCUAUUGGCAGUCUGAUCUGCAGCUGUCCACGCCCUUGAAAAACAGCCAGAAUGUGGAGCUCCAGUGGGAUUGGCCAAUCAACUUUAAUGAAAAAAAUCCUACAGGAGCGAAUGGAUUGUUGUGCAACCUUUUGGAUCGGUGGACUGUCUGUCUAUCUGUCUGUUUGCCCAGCUGUCUGUCUUUCUAUCAAGCAUUCCAGACAGACAGGGAAAUGCCCAGCGUAGACUGCUAACCCUAAACCAAAACCAGAACCCCAACCUCAACCCACAUGGUAGUGCUUUCUUCCAACAUGCUGAAACGUUAAAUAAUUUAGAGAGAAACCAAAGCCUUCUACACCCCUGAACCUGUCAUGCAGCAUCGAAAUAAAACUACUUAAGAACAUGCUAUAAAAGUAAUUUGACCAAAGAGUAUAUUUUGUAGUUGAUAAUCUUAUUGAGUAUUUUUACCUCAUUUCCUCCCUUACCUCCUAAGACAGACUGUUAUUUAGGAACCAUAGAGAAGAGGAUGUUUCUGCUCAUGGUCCAUACACCAUUUGGAGGCAUGUUCCAAUUUGUGUUCCAGUCAAAUAGAAAUGCUAUAUCAUAAUCCUGAAAAUCAACUCAUAUGAAUGACAUUUGCCUUAUGAAUGCCUUCUUGAAUCAAACUAAAUAUCCCAGUUGUAUCUUCACAAUCAGUCUUGAAUGUUACUGUGAAUGCUCAUUGUGAAGAGUAAUCAUUGCAGAUCCAUCUUUCGCUGCCUCUUUAGCUGAUCCCAGGUUUAGUUCACAUGUUUAAAUGCCAGCAGCCAAAGGUUAAUCCAUGCAACAUUUUUUUUCUGCAACGACAAAAACACUAGAUUUUGGCUCUGGUGAGGUCCUGACAUUGUGAAGAGGCAGGGAUGUCUUGUUUGGGGACAAAUUGUGUCACCACAUUUAACAGUAAGCAUUCAGAGCUUCACUGUGCCCCUGUGCUCCAUAUGUAUUUGAUUUUAUCUCCUCAUCAAAGAUGUUGGAUGGAGGGAAUGAUGUCAAUGAUGAAAUCACUUUCUGGCACUUACACAGCAAUGUCAGUUCGUCACCUGAAUACAAAAUCACCCCAUCUUGUUGCCAAUCCCCAGCCCCCAACCUUCCUCUGCUCUCCCGGUAAGCUAUGCAUUUCAGCACUAGGAGGAAAGCACUACACAGGGCUGGCCCAGCGCAGCGUAGCAUUAGAUAUAUUAGCUGGCCCCUUGCCGUCAUCCUCCUCUGCUCAUGGCCAGGGUUAGCAGCGCUACAUUCAUCAUAACAAGCGCUGAAGGAGAGGCAAGAGAAGGAGCUGCUUCUUCAUCUCUGAAUGAAAACCAAAAAGAUAACAAGAAACAAAAAUGUGUCAAGACCUGCUGAUGUUUUAUAGUGUGAACCAAAGAUGCUACCUCACUCAAGUUCCAUACGUGAUUUCUAUCACUUUGAUGAUACCAAAGAUAACCAAAGAUUUUUUCUCAUUGCACGGCCUCUACGAGUGGUGUUAAAAGAUGUUGUAUGUCUCCCCUCCCCCCUUCUCCUCGCUAUUCCACUCUCCUUUCUUCUAUCUUUUCUCCUCCUCCCACCUGCACUCAACCCAUGCACCCCUACUAUGUGUGCUCUUGCUUCAUCUGUGCUCUGAUUACAGCUCCAUAGAUAGUCAUGCUGAUGUAGCUAUAGGCAGAUAUGCUGAUCUAGCCAUAGAUACACACAACAGGCCUGCAGGUUCAUGUGGGGUACUGCUAACUCGCCAGCAAUCUGAUGAGUUUUCUUUAGUGCUUGUUAGAAAAUGAAACAAGAAUUAAUUUCUAGCUCUCUGUUGGCAUAAAGGACAGAUACGUGUGUAAACGUAGAAAAUACAAAAUACUUUGAUUUCGAUUGGUUUCAUUUUGGUCCCCCAAUCCUUUGAAAAUGAUGUGUGCAGUUGAUGGAGUACCCUGCCAAUGUCUUAUUUGCAGCUUUAUUUCCACUUGGCCCUGCCUCUCAGUGUGUAUCUAUAGGUUGAUAUUAUUGAUCCAACAGAUAGGUCAGACAUCUUUACAUGACAAUAGGCAGACAAGCUUACAUAGCCAUGGGCAGAAUUGUUGACUCAACUAUAGGCAGACAUGUUCCUGAAAGUAGAAGCAGACGUGUUGCAAUCUUUCUAAAACUCCCAGGACGAGUGCCUUGCUUGAACCAAAGUGUUAAACCGCUGUUGACCUCUCACCUUUGACUCUGUGAAUACCUCAGCCUGUAGAAGGGCCACUACUGAAGAAACAAGGAAAAGGUUUUUUUUAAUCACACCGUGGUGCUUUCGCCAGCGCAACCAUGCAAUGAAAACAUACCAAAGGAAUUUCUGUUGUCCACUUCUACAGAUUAAACCAAAGGUCUUUGUUUCCCUCUUCCCUGCCCCUUCACCCCAAACCCUUCAUCUCUUCUUCCCCUAAACCAUCCUUGUCUCUCUGCUGUGUGUAGAAAGGCCCAACACUCUGGCCGUGCAUGUCUUUACCAAUGUCUCUGAAUACCUCAUAGUAAUAAUUCCUUUGAGUUCUGCAUUGAGACGUCUAUCUGUGAGUAAGGCAGAACUCCUCUCGUGUGGUAAUUGUUAUUGUUACUUCAAAAAGCUGUAUGAUUAUCUAUUUUGAAGUUCUUUUCUGGCAGAAGUGCUCUGUUUCGAGUCACGGUGGACAAGUUUCAGGGUUGAUGUGUGAAACUUAAAGGGAUGGAGGGAGAAGCGUAUUUUUUAUCAGACAUUGGGUUAUGCCAAUAUUAUGAUGGUAGACUAUUGCUUUUACAGGGUAAAACCAACUGCUGUGAUAUUGUGUUCAUAUUUUCCCUUUUCUCUACUUCUGUGUUGUGAUUUUAAUUUAAUUGCAUUUUUUGUAUUGGUUAACCACCGCUUUAAUUUAUGCAUUUGUAGAAACUCUAGAUUUGUAUAUAGUAGGUUUUUGGAAAAAAAAAAACAAACCAAAAAGACAGUUUUAUGUUACAGCCUUAUUUCCCAUGCUUAGAUAUAACAAAGGAGUAGUUUGUAUUCUUCUUCAGCUAAAUCCUAGCCGGCAUUUCAAUGUGUGUUUUAAACACUGCCAGAAACCCAGACAGAUGAUUUGCCAGUGCAGACAAAGUCAUACAGGAGCUACUUUGUUGAACAGCUGGCAAAAAGCAGUGUGUAUGUGUGUGUUUUUCUAUUCUUUUGACUUUUUAAAAACAGUUAUUUUAUGGGUAUUACUGCACAUCCAAAGAUUUUAAAACAAACCAAAAAUUGGAAAAAAAAUAUGUAUAAUGUUGAAAAGCACUGGCAUUUGUGAGGUAGACUUGUUGAGUUUUGAUUUGCCAUUCGCACGGGUAUAGAAUGUAGAAGGCGUAGGGCUUUGUAGACAAGCUUACUCUACCAUGUGGGGAAUCUCCUGUUCAAUGUACAAUCUGAAGCAUUUGAAACGAGGACUGCAAGUCCCACUCACUUUGCUGUCUCAUGCACAGAGUGAGGUGGAGUGUAGGCUGGGCAGCCGGUCUGCCAGGGGCUGUGCCAUGGAGCUGGGUCUGUUUUUAUUGCCUUGGCACUGCUGCCUUGCUCCAUCUAGUAUCUGUUCUUUUGGUACGUACUCGUGUAAUGACUAUGAGCAAAGUCUAAUAAAACUGCAAAGAACUUUA